AGGAGGGGAGCGGGAAGCUGAGCGGGCUCUAUACCCUGCCAACUACUCCGACCGUGGCUGCAGUGCCAGAGCCAGCGCUGCACCCCAACGACUUGUCCCUGUUCUGUUCUGCUGCCACCCGGAGCUCAGUUUACGGUUGGCCUUCUCGCUGCGUCCCCUAAGCUCGAUUGUCCCUGGGAUCCAGUCACCACUCAGGCCGGGCGAAAACAUCUGUGAGGGUGGCUCGUGGUGGGGGGCGGACGCGACAGCCCCCCUGAAGAUGCAGGAUGGCAGUAGAGCAGCCGCCGUCCAGCCUUGCUUACCGCACCACGGGCUCCACCUUGUUGCAUCCGGUCAGCGACCUCCUGGGCAUCCCGCUGGACCAGGUGAAUUUUGUGGCAUGCCAGCUGUUUGCUUUACUUGCUGCUUUCUGGUUUCGCAUUUACCUGAGUCCUGAGAAGGCAAGCUCUACUAUCCGCCAUGCCUUUGCUGCCAUUUUUGGAAUCUAUUUUGUCAUCUUUUGCUUUGGAUGGUAUUCCAUACACCUCUUUGUGUUGGUGUUAAUAUGUUAUGGAAUCCUGAUUACUGCAAGCAUGCGCAACAUUCACAGGUACUCCUUUGUGGUAGCAAUGGGUUAUCUCACAGUAUGCCAUAUAAGUCGGAUAUACAUAUUCCACUACGGGAUUCUCACUACAGAUUUUUCAGGGCCACUGAUGAUUGUGACCCAGAAGAUCACAACCCUGGCGUUCCAAAUUCACGAUGGAUUGGGUCGAAAAACUGAGGACCUCACUCCUGAACAACUUCGACUUGCUAUAAAAGUCAGACCCUCUUUCUUGGAAUACAUAAGCUACCUUCUCAAUUUCCUGAGUGUCAUAGCUGGGCCCUGUAGUAGUUACAAGGACUAUGUAGCUUUUAUUGAGGGGAGACACAUACACAUGAAGUUGCUGGAAAUGAACUGGAAGCAAAAGGGUUACAGCAGUUUUCCCAAUCCUUCUCCAACUGGAGCAGUGAUUCACAAACUGUGUAUCACCCUGGUGUCUCUCCUCUUUUUUUUGACUCUCACGAAGGCCUAUCCUGUCACUUUCCUGGUUGAUGACUGGUUUGUCAAUCAAGCAUCUUUUUUGUCAAGACUUUUCUACUUAUAUAUUGUUAUGCAAGCAUCAAAACCAAAGUAUUACUUUGCAUGGACAUUAGCUGAUGCAGUCAAUAAUGCAGCUGGCUACGGGUUCAGUGGAGUUGACAAGAAUGGGAAUUUCUGUUGGAAUCUGCUUUCUAACCUAAACAUCUGGAAGAUUGAGACUGCAACAAGUUUUAAAAUGUACAUAGAAAACUGGAAUAUUCAGACAGCUGCUUGGCUAAAGCGCGUGUGCUAUGAGCGAGCUCCCUGGUACCCUACAGCAUUAACGUUCAUCCUGUCUGCAUUGUGGCAUGGUGUCUAUCCUGGAUAUUAUUUUACAUUCAUAACUGGAAUCCUGGUUACAUUAGCGGCUAGAGCAAUGAGGACCACCUGUCGACAUUACUUCCUUUCUUCAGAAUCUCUUAAGGCAGCCUAUGAUGUAGUUACGUGGGCUUGCACUCAGCUGGCUGUCUCUUACACGGUGGCACCUUUUGUCAUACUGGCAGUAGAACCAGCCAUCACUUUGUACAAAUCGUUGUAUUUUCAUCUACACAUCGUAAGCCUCCUGAUACUACUAAUUCUGCCCAUCAAACCACAUGCCAAAAGACAGUCUCAGACUCUGAACUCUUUUAAUAACAAGAAAAAAACCUAAUAUGCCACAAGAAAACCUGAGCAAGCAAAAUACUUGCACCAGAAAAGAAACAGGAGUGUAUAUUUUAUAAUGUUAAAACAUUCAUAAAGGUCUCGGGCUCAAGUGAUCAUCUAUGACGCAAUCAGGAGGCCUAGAGACAAGGUUUACAGGCUUCUGACUUUAAACGCAGGGAAUAUUUUUUAUACAGUCUUUUUCAUGUAUUUAAAUCAGUCUUCUGUACAGGUUGUUUUAAUAUUUUAUAGGAUAUUUGGGUAUGAGGUGUGUGUGUGUGUGUGUGUGUGUGUGUGUGUGUGUGUGUAUGUGUGUGUGUGUGUGUGUGUAUGCUAGAGGAAGAAUAAGAGCUAGAGAAGCAGCUCCUCUUGGGUUGUUUAUUCUUUGGCUGUUUAGGGCAUUGCUUCAUAUCUUGGCUCAACCAUGGUGUUUGACCACAAGAAUCUGGAUGUUGAGAACACUGGUGUGGGCUCCGGCAGGAAGAGGGAGAUUGCAGAGAAGACUAUCCCAGUUUGUCAUGGCAUUCUAGUGCCAGAAAAUACUCAGGACUGGGAUAUUGCUUUGGAGACUCUGACUUUCUUGCAGUGACACCUGCUUUUUUAGGGGCACUUUUUUAUAUUUCCAGUAAAGAUGGUGACAGAGGACCUGGGAGGACUGAGGUCUGGACAGAAUCCUUUGUCCGGCAGAGUUACAACAGAAAAUAGUUAUGGAUUAGCAAUUCAGGACUUCUCUUUGAGUAGGCUGCAUUUUUUUUCCAGGGGUGUAAUGAUUUCCUAUUAUGAUCUGAACCCAUAUGUGAAUUGAGGACACCUCAUAGUGCUAACAUUGGUCAUUUAAAUUGAGAGGACUGUUUACUCAGGGACAGUCCAGUGAAGACCAAAUGUUCACUCUCCUAAAUGAAGCCUGACCCCUUUUGAAGGAAACAACACAUGUAAUCUAAAGUUUUUCUUAAUCUGUUCCCUACCCCUCUCCCCUCAUUGAUGGAUAACAAUAUCCAGUUGCUAUAGACUUGAUUUUUUUUAUCCUUAAUUUGUCUGAGUUGUAAGUGAACAAGAGGGUAUUGUUGAUUUUCAAUUUCUGAAGUGUCAUAGCUGAAUAAAUGCAACUUUCUUUUUUAGCUGAAUCAUCACGAUAGAAUAUAAAGGUUGAACAAACAAUUUUCUUUUCAAAAUCUUGAUAGAAAUCUCUCAGAGAAUGUGUUGUAUUUCCCUUUGGAAACUUAUUGGGUAAUGUUGUUUUGGGGAGAAUAAAAUGGAUUGUUAAGGUUACUGAGAAUAUAGUAAUAAUAAUAAUAAUGAUAAUAAUAAAAAACUACCUUGCAACAACA